GGGGGGGGAGCCGUGCUGAGGCGAGAGAGAGAGAGAGGGAGGCGGUUGGAGCGCACACGCGCUACGGCCGCUGCCCCCAAAAUGCACUCGGAUGCCGCGGUUGUCAAUUUUCAGCUGAACUCUCAUCUAUCAACACUGGCAAAUAUUCACAAGAUUUACCAUACCCUUAAUAGGCUGAAUUUGACAGAAGAUACUAGUCAAGACGAUAACCAAACAGGAAACCUGAGAUCUUGCAGUUCAUCAGACAGCUUUAGCAAAGUGAUGCCUCCAAGAAAAAAAAGGCGACCUACAACAGGAGAUGAUCUGACAGCUAAAAAAAGUAGACAUGAUAGCGUGUACAGAAAAUACGAUUCUACCAGAAUAAGGUCAGAAGAUGAUAUGUUUUCAAGUAAAAGGUGUUUAGAGUGGUUCUAUGAAUAUGCAGGAAAAGAUGAUGUUGUGGGUCCUGAAGGAAUGGAGAAGUUCUGUGAGGACAUAGGGGUUGAGCCAGAAAACGUAGCCAUGCUUGUGUUGGCUUGGAAAUUGGAUGCUCAGAAUAUGGGCUAUUUUACAUUGCAAGAAUGGCUAAAAGGAAUGACAUCCCUGCAGUGUGACACAACAGAGAAGCUAAGAAAUUCUUUGGAUUACUUGAGAUCUUUAUUAAACGAGCCUAUGAAUUUUAAGCUUAUUUAUAGAUAUGCGUUUGACUUCGCACGUGAAAAAGAUCAGCGAAGCCUAGAUAUGAAUACUGCCAAGUGUAUGCUAGGACUCCUCUUAGGAAAAACAUGGCCCCUCUUUCCAGUAUUUCAUCAGUUCUUAGAGCAAUCGAAGUACAAAGUUAUCAACAAGGACCAAUGGUGCAAUGUGCUGGAGUUCAGUCGAUCCAUUAAUCUUGACCUCAGCAAUUAUGACGAAGACGGAGCAUGGCCAGUGUUGCUGGAUGAAUUUGUGGAGUGGUAUAAAGAGAAACAAAUGACAUAGGAAUUUUAACUAUGCACAGCUGCUCAAGAGCCUUUGUUACUACAGUUAAUGUCAACCAUUAGCCAUAAACUUCUCUUUGUAUAUAAAGCGCAUGCUGCUUUUCCUGCACUGUAUCCCAUUUUCAGGGAUUUUUUUUUUGGUGUUUGCUGUUUAACAGGCCAGCUCUGCUUGCUGUGUACCAUUGUUCUCUCCGAAAAGGCUGCUUUGCGUUUUGUCUCUACACUACAGAUGGUGAACUUGCCAGCAUCCUCACUGUGACUAAUGUGAAUAUUGCUGUCUAAACUUUGUAUAUGUGUAUAAAAAAAAAAAAAAGCUUCAUCUAGGAAUGUUUUCAGCAGGAAAGGUAUUAUAAAAAAUAAUUUUGUCGCAUUCAAGUAACCACGUAACUUAAUUUUUAAUUGACUUGGUCUCCCGCAUAGCAUUUCAGGGAAAGUGAUUGGGGGGAGGGGGGUUUGGCUAUGUAGAACUAUUGCUAGUUAGUAAUAGUUGUUUUAGGAUGCCAGUUUUUGAAGGAAAAUCUUGAAAGCAGGGUUUCCUUGGCAGUGUCCAGCUUCAUUUUUAUUUAAGAAGCAAUUAUUGGUUACUAUUUUAAUUGAAACUCUUUAAUAAAUUGUUACAGCUUGAACCGAGUUGUACAUGCCAUAGUAACUUCCAUAUGGCAAUAAUGCUAAUUUUCUCAUAGUCAGAUGCUGUAGUUUGCUAAGAGGUACAGGUUAUCUAAUUAAACAUCUGAUUAAAAAAGGGUUUUAGACUUGUAACGUGGCAUAUUCUUUUAUUUUACUGUCAUUCUUGUUCCCAGAGUGUUUUGAUGAUCUGGAUAAAGACAGAAUGAAGUCUUGUUUCAAAACACAGCCUAAAUGUAUGAAUGUAUUUCAGAAACUGGAAUCAAAGCUUAGCCUGAAAACUCGGCAUGGCUGCGUUUAUAUUCCAGGUAUUGAAUUCCCCCGGCAAAAUGCCAAUUACGAGCAACAUCUACUCUAAUCAAAGCAGCAUCACUAUUUAUUUGGAAUCAUUUUUUAUCUGUUUGGACUGGAAAGUUCAAAGAAGUAGAUGAAUGAAGUAAAACUUUCUGUCUCACCUUUUCAUCAGUCUUCAUAAUACAGUUCAAUGUACAUUUCUAUAAUUUUUUUUUUUACUAAGGUAGCUAUAGACUUAUUGAAACUGCAUUCAAAAAUCCAUUGGUCGUUGUUCAAUCAACCAAGAGUUCAUUGUGAAAUUUGCAAUAAAACGUGAGCUUGCCUUUUCUUUUACAGAAAGUUAAAAGCUACAUGAACAUUCAGAAUUUACGAAUAUAAAUUAAGCUUCAGUGACAAAUUAGUACAAACCACUUAUUUUUAUUUUCAAAGCACUGAAGGUAUUUGUAAAGGAAAAAAAACCAUGUAUAUCAUAAACACACGUAGUCUCUUUAGGGCUCAAUACUUCUAAAAAAGCAAAAUAAGAAAAAUAAAGGACUAGAAUCCAAAGAGAUCCACAUGCAAAUAUGAUUCUGUCCAGAACAGGAGCUGUGGGAAUGAAGCUUCUCUCUCUCUCUCUCUCUCUCUCUCUCUCUCUCUCUCUCUCUCUCUCUCUUUCUUUUUCUUUUUCUCUCUCUAUUCCUUUCCUUUCCUUUCCUUUCCUUUCCUUUCCUUUCCUUUCCUUUUCCUUUUCCUUUUCCUUUUCCUUUUCCUUUUCCUUUCCUUCCCUUCCCUUUCCUUCCCUGAUACCUUCAUGAGCUUCAGAAGGCUUGGGAACAGGGAUUGAGUGGGGCAGAGCUACCCAAGCUGUUGGCCAAGUAGUAAGACUGGAAAGAUCAAAUGGAUGCAGUUACAGUACCUAGAUGGACCUUUCACAGGCUACCACUUCUGUUGUCCAUUUCUUUCCCAAAGUAGAGUUGGAAGUUGGCUGGGCAGUUCCCUUUAGCCAAUCUCUGUUGAGAACAGGCAGGUAAUACCAUGAGCCGGUUCAUGCUCCUUCCAGGACCUCCUGACCUACAUUAUUUAGUAUAGCCAUAGUCAAAACCUUUUAACUGUCCAACUGGGAAGAUACAAAUAGUGGAUAGAUUACAGGCUAAUUUUGUUGAGACAUAAAAGGACUUUCAGUAACAAAGGUAACAGCCAAAGAACUUUUAUGAGAUCUAGUUUUGAUAAAAGUAUAAGGUUAAUAAACUUGUCUUCGUUCUUGGGACCGAUUCUCACUUUUUCUACUUACACAUGACUAUUAGUAUACAAAGCAAAAAAACAAAAAAACACCUGAUCAAGUGGCAGAGAGCAAGAGAGGAAACACUUCAAAAUUAUACUACCUUCCAUUUAAAAAUGAAGCACCAAUUGGGUUCAGAAAUCACUGUUAAACAUGGCCGAAGAGCAGAAGCAACUGACUGCAGUCUGUUUUCCUUUGUCUAGGAGAGGCCUCUUAUGGCUUCUUCUACAAAGUUGAUCAAGAGACUUUUGUGACUUACGUUUUGCUGUCUCUCUCUCUGUCACAUACAAAGAAUUGGCUUUGCCUGUAAAAGCAGGCUCAUCAAACUUAAUGAUCAAGGACACGAUGCUCUCAACUUUUGUGAUAUACAAACAGAAAUGAGAGAAAGGUUCCACUUGAUACGUGGGUCAGAAUUGUAUUUUGAGUUUUUGAAAUGCUGACCUCCCUAUUUAACCAAUCAUCCUCAGAACUGUCCUGAUUCCUAGGGGGAAAAUGGCAUUUUCUGGAAAACUUAUGUAAUGAUAUCUGAGUAAAAGGUAAUCAAAGUUGUUCAUUUUUCAUACAUUUUGAAUUUUUGGCACUUUUUAAAAUAGUAUGAUCGAUUUUUUGUUGU